GACGCCGCGUGUGCUUCUCUUAAUAGUAGAUAUAAUAAUGUUUUGCUGAGAUGAACGAGAACAGCUGUCUCCGUGUUGUUACUGGUCACUGGCCCCCUUACAGCAUCUCGCGAAAUGUUGAUCUUGGGGGAGCAAUGUUGCCCGUCUUGCAAGUUCUCGCAGACAAACUGGACGUGUGUUACAAACUCGUCUCAGCGCCCGCAGGUGGAUGGGGAACCAGGCUGCCCAACGGGUCAUGGACGGGAAUGAUUGGGAUGUGCGAACGCGGGGAGGUCGACGUCGUGCUGGGUCCCAUCGCCGACAGCACCGAGCGUUCCCUAGUGAUAGACUUCAGCACUCCGCUCUUCAUCGACAAGCAAAUCAUCACUUACCUGAGACCCACGUUGGAACCUGAUCUGGCAGGCUUCGUUAAGCCCUUUAACGCGCUGAUGUGGAUACUCUUGCUCAUCAUCAGCGUCCUCGUUCUGGGUUCUACCUUCCUCCUCCUCCUCCUUCGCUUUCGAAUCCUUGGCAGCGAGGCACCGUCACCGAACUCUGGCACCAGGGUUCCGGCACCGUGGCACCAUGAUUUCCCUCAUCACGGGUAUUCUGACAGGACGGGGCGCGUGUUGCUGUGGACUUACGGUGUCAUGAUUACACAGUCCAUGUGGUGGUUCCCUCGCAGCAUGACGGGCCGAGUGCUGGGGGGGUCCUGGUUGCUCGCCGCUUUCAUCAUUGCAACGGUUUACAAGAGUAACCUUAAGGCCAUGAUCAUUAUCCCCAAGGUCAACCUUCCCUUUACAACACUAGAGGGAAUGAUUGAACAGGACGAGAUGCCUUACAUGCUGAUGGGAGGUUCGCUCGUCUACGACAUCUUUAAGCACGCAGAGAAGGAUUCUCUCUUCGGCCGCGGGUGGGAAGGACACUCGAUCUCGAUCUGGAAUUAUCUGGACGGCCUCAAUAACGUGCUCAAAGAAGGCUACGCUCUCAUCGUCGACCAGAACACCGUCAAGAACAUCCUACACACUUCUUUCUCGCAGACGUCAAAGUGCCCGCUGUGGUUGACUCAAGAGCCCAUCAUGAGCUACAGGUUAAGCAUCGGUUUCCCCAAGGCAUCUCCUCUCAAAGACCGUGUCGAUCCUGUAAUCCGGCGCUUGUUGGAACACGGCCUCAUGGACUACUGGCUACAACAAGAGCUCAUAAAUUCCACAAGUUGUCUCAUUCCUCCUGGUUCUGAGACGCCCGAGCAGCGGUCCCUCCAACUGCAAGACCUGUAUGGCGUUUUCUGUUUAUAUCUUGCAGGCACUGCAUUGUCCCUGUUGGUGUUUGUUCAAGAGGUGUUAGCUGCCAAGCUGUCCCGGCGCCAUCUCAAACACCUGGAGAUACCGGCUGUUAAAUCUGUUACGUUCGACCAACCCAAUUCCGACAACAAUUAAAGUAGAAGACAAAUUGGCUAUAGUCUUGGACCUCCGAACUGCUCAACUGAAGAGAAAGAAUUUUCUUUUCGUUUAGAAUUUUUUCUUUUCAUAUGUUCACCCUCCUCCACUGCGCGAUAGAUUGCACCCCGCAACAAAGUAAAACACGAUAUGCAGACAUCAAUGUAAAAUAAGCCACAUUUUAAAUAAAAUUAUGUUAAAAUCAAUGAUAAAACGCCGGCCCUUAUUAUUUAGUGCAUUAAAUUUUCUUUAAAUAGCCAUAUAGUUGUAUAAUUUGUUUUUUCCCUUCAAAAACACGAAAGCUUUGAUCUCCCAACUGCACAGAUGCCAUGCUUGCAAUCUAGAUCAGCAUAAUUGUACUAGAGUUUGCGACAUAAUGUUUAGAAAAUGCUUGUGAAUAGUUAAAACUAUUCACUGCAGGAGUUAUCUCUAUAUCUAAACCAACGGACUUUGAUGUUUGGCUCCACAUAUUAAAACACUGGCCCUCUUUUGAAACACCCUAAAUACUUCACAGCUAAGAUAAACUGUAUGUGACAUCUGUA